AUGAAGAUUAAUUGGAUAUUUUUUUUGGUAAUUUUAUUUACCAUUUCAAAUAAAUCAUUAGAAAUAAAAUCUACAAUUAAUGUUAAAAAAACUAUAAGAGAAGAAAGUUCACAUGAUAUAACAAUCAUUACACUACCUCCAACUAUCGAAACAAAAAGACCAUAUCCAAUGUUAACAGCAAUUAUUAAUACCUGUCCUGAUGAUUAUCAUUCACCAAUAAAAUGUAAUAAUGGAGGCGUUGCAAAAUGCAAAUAUUGGAAAAACAAAGUAGUUGGAAUUCCUUAUUGUAAAUGUACUGAAGAAUAUGCUGGACAAUUUUGUGAUUUUCCAAUAACUAUAGCAUUUCUCAAGAUGACUUCAUCUUCUCCUUUUACAAAAUAUAAGUUUUUUUUUCACUUUAUUUUACCUUGUAUCAUAAUUUUUGUAUCUUUAUCAAUAAUUUUCUACCUAUUAAUAUCAAAACGUAAAAAAUAA